AGAAUAAUGAAGAAAUCGAUGUUAUCACCUAAUAUCCUUGUAUUCUCUUGUUUCAUACUUUUUGAAUAUCUAAUAAAAAGUGUGACCUUGGAAUCUUCCAUCUUGAAGAUCGACGAGAAGUUCGGGAAAAAAGUGAAAAGUUCACCAUUGCAUAUGAUCUUGCUUACUCAGAAAGAUUAUAUUCAGUUUCUCAGAUGGGAAUUGCCAGUGCCAAAUAUCGAAGAAUUUACUUUUUGUUUAUGGUUGCGUUCCGACAACUUUACUCGUCCACAUUCAAUUUUUUCUUAUUCCAAAAAUGAGAAAGAUCGAUUGAUUCGGGCUUGGAUAUCUGCAAAGGGUCGAAGAGUACAUUUAGAAAUCGGUGGUAUCAAAGUUUUCGAGGAAACUAUUAUUUUUAAAGAAAACCGAUGGUAUCACAUAUGCCAAAGUUGGGAAAAUCGAUUAGGUCGAUUUGCAUUGUGGUUAAAUGGACGAAUCAAGGUACAAGGUUAUUCGGAAAAGACAGUAAAUCACGUUGUACCAGAAGGAGGCGACAUAGUACUAGGGCAAGAGUACACAGAUUUUGACAAAGGAUUGGAAGACGGUAUCGAAGGAUCGAUAUUUGGUUUUAAUCUUCUCUUAAAGUCAGCAUUCGACGAUGAAUCUCCGAUUAUAUCGAUCGACCAUACUUCAUCGAUUCAAACGAGUUCUUUUCACGGUACUCAUUAUCUACCAAGGACGAUUUUCAAAAUUUCAAAAGAUUAUCACGAGGAAGAAGAUUCGAGAUUAUUGUCAAUAACCGAUCAUAGAAAACAACUAGUACGUCUAAUUAACACGGCAAAUAGAUCUUCACCAUUGGGACAAGAAUUGGUGAAACUUUCUUACGUACGUUGUGAAUUGGGUAAAGGCAGUCCGCAUAUAGGUGGUUCACUUAUGCUAAUAUCAUGGAGUAGAACACCGGUACGUAUAUUUGGCGGUGCGAUACUGAAGAAUGCCAGAAAGAAUUGCGGUAAUUUCUAAAAAUAGUAAGAGCCUAGAGAACUCUCCCUUUCACUACAUCGCUCAAUCCCUUCUUCCUUCAAUUUCCUCCACCUCGACUAUUUUACUCCGAGCUAAUAAACCUUAGACAGAC